CCGUGCGCCGCCCGACGUACGUGUAUUGUAUGAGAAUAUAUAAUUGGAUCCCGUAUUCUUCUUUUGACGAGCUCUCCGCCCGGUCCAUUAUGUACCGUCGAGCGCUGGCCGCGGCAUUUGGACGCCACUGACGACGCUCUCGGUCGUCUCCGCGCGAUCCCUCCGCCACCACGAUGAAUGCCUCCGAACGAGACGGGUAUCUCCGCAAUUGCACGCCGCCGGCCAUCGACGAUUUUCCAGCGGGCUUCUUCACGGAGAUACAGAGGCAGCAUGGCGCAAUCGUUCUACAUGCAUUUAUUUCCAUCUAUCUUUUCUUGGCACUCGCUGUCGUUUGCGAUAAAUUUUUUGUACCAGCCGUUGAUAGAAUAUGCACGGCUUUAAAUAUGACAAAUGAUGUGGCUGGUGCCACUUUUAUGGCAGCAGCUACGUCAGCGCCGGAAUUGUUUGUGAACGUCAUCGGGACUUUUAUAACUGAGGGUGAUAUCGGCGUGGGAACUAUCGUUGGUUCAGCCGUAUUCAAUAUUCUGGCUGUGGCCGCCUGCUGUGGCAUAGGCGCAGGAAUGGUGGUACCUCUUGAUUGGUGGCCGUUAACCAGGGAUUGUCUAGCGUAUGGAAUUACAGUAUCUAUACUUAUUUGUAUCAUGCAUGACGAAUACGUGCAGUGGUACGAAGCUUUUCUUCUCGUUUUAUUGUAUGGAGUUUAUAUCUGCAUUAUGUAUUACGACAAAUCUAUUCAAAACUUUGCUAAAGGAAGUUGGAUCUGUGUUUCAAAUUUUUUGAAGAAAGAUAACGAAAAACAAGACUCCGUUUUACCAGUAGACAAUGAUCACCAUCAGCACAACGGGAAUGUCAAGAGUGCAUCCUUAUUUACGGAUACGAAUGAAAAGAAACUCUCCGCGGAUGCCUCUCUUCAAGUCGAAAAGAUUAAAAAUGAUGAUGAUAAAAGUGUGAGUGGUGAAAACGAUCCCAAGGUCAGUGAUAUGGAAAUCGCAUGUCAAGAAGAAACUAAUCAAGGUAACGUUGAAGAAGGGAACAAAGAAGUAGUAGAAGAAUAUCGUCAUUCUUUAUGGAAGUGGCCAUCUGGAAGAAGCAAACUUACAAAGACGACCUGGAUUAUAACAUGGCCGAUACAUCUGGUGUAUCUCUUCACGAUACCUGAUUGCGAGAAACCUCGUUUUAAGAACUGGUUUCCACUAACAUUCAUCAUGUGCAUUGUCUGGAUAGGAUCGUUGUCGUAUAUCGUUGCGUGGAUGAUCACCAUUAUCGGUGAUACGCUGAUGAUACCAGAUUCAGUUAUGGGGAUUACCUUCUUAGCGGCUGGAACGUCGGUCCCAGAAGCUGUCUCCAGUGUGAUCGUAGCAAAACAAGGCCAUGGAUCAAUGGGAAUAAGCAACUCAAUAGGAUCAAACACAUUCGAUAUACUCUUGUGUUUGGGUCUCCCUUGGUUAAUCAAAGCUUCUUUGACUCCAGCUGAACCUGGCAACUAUUGGGUGAAGAUAAAUUCGAUGGGUCUAGAAUAUUCUGCGAUAUCGCUGUUGUCUACGCUUCUGCUACUGUACCUCACUUUCUGGUUCAACAAGUUUAAGCUGGACGCGGCGGUAGGGCGGGCGUGCUUGGCUAUGUACGCUAUGUUCUUGGUACUAGCCACUCUCAUCGAGUUGAAUGUUUUCUUCCCGGUGAACGUGCGUACUUGCAGGAGAACCGAACUGAAAUCUUAACUACUAAACAAACGCAGUGAUAUGAAUGAAACCUCACCAGUGAUGUCAUUCACGUCAGAUCCAUAGGAAGCACCAGCUUUCUAACACGAUGUUGUUCGCAAACCGUACUAAAUUUUUACUCUUAGUUUUAAAGUGAUAUCGAUGAUCACAAAUUUACAAACAAAGAUUAAUAAAGUUAAGUUUAUUAUUAAUGAUAUUAUUAAUUUUACCUUUUUGAUUGGGAACUAAGCGGCAUAGUUUUUUAGAUUUCGUUUUAUUUUUAUUAAUUUACAUUAUUUUUUCGGUCUUAAAAUAUAAUUUGAU